UUAAAAGACAUGUGUUUACAAAUACCGAUUGCGUGACAAUAUUCCUUUCGCAAGGUAGCAUUUUUCGUUGAUAAUGCUUCAAAUAAUUCGAAAAGGUGUAAAUAACAUCGCCGGAUGGAGACCGUUAUCGAUUGGUGCCAUCAACUGCAACUAUUCCACAUUACAGCAUCAGACACAACCGGUCAAUCCGCUGCGAGCACCACGUUCAGUAUGGAUAGAAAAUAUGGAUGACGUUGAGGAGCGAAAGCUCGGCAUUCAGGAUUUGAGCUGUGAGAUAUACGGAGCGACCCCGCGGAUAGAUAUCGUGCAUCAAAAUAUCGAAUGGCAGCGAAAAUAUCGGUUCGUUAGUUUUGCCCAUUCAAAAACAAGGAAUGAAGUGCGCGGUGGCGGUCGGAAACCGUGGCCCCAGAAAGGAUUGGGUAAGGCUCGGCACGGUUCAAUUCGAUCCCCACUAUGGCGCGGUGGAGGAAUCGCUCAUGGUCCUCGUUCACCGACGACCCAUUUUUAUAUGUUACCGUUUUUUAAUCGCGUUCUUGGACUGAUCUCGACUUUGUCAAUCAAGUUAGCGCAAGAUGAUUUGCACGUUGUAACGGAUUUGGAAGUUCCAAGCGAGGAUCCUCAGUUUCUUAAGGAUUUGAUACAAGAGCGCUGCUGGGGACCGUCAGUGCUGUUUGUCGAUAGCAGUGACAUUAUGCCGAGGAAUAUCACCGUGGGAGCCGAUGCGAUUGACCACGUCAACUUGAUGCCAGUGUACGGAUUGAACGUUUAUUCUAUGCUCAAACAUUGCACAUUGGUUCUGACGAGGAGUGCCGCUCUGGAAAUAGAGACCAAAUUGAGUGAACAGUUGCACCGGAAUAAUUCACGGUCUUUGAUGCGAAAAUUUGCGAUUGAUCAGUAAACACGUGUUGAUUGAAAUAGCGAAAAUAAAAUUGGAAUGUUUGUAUUGUAAA